AGGAGGAGGAGGAGGAAGCACGCAGCCCGCCCUGCAGCCGACAGCUCCGCGCCGCUCCGCGCAGCCUCCGCCUCUCCGCAGCCCGCCGCGGGAGCGAGGGGUACCCCGAGUUUGCCCCUCCUUGCCUUGGGGUGACCUUGGGCUGGCUGCCCCCCUUUCCACCCUCCCACCUGCCCGAGGCCGGCCGCGAACUUGGGGAGGGCGGAGGGGGCCCCCCGUGGUCUCCGGGGAGCCGUGGGGGGCUCCGGCAGCCCGGGCGGGGGGGUCCCGUAGCGCAGCAUCCUUCGGCUGGCCCGGCUGCCCCGUGCGGAGGAAACUUACCGGUUUGCUGAAGCCACAGUGCUGCGAUGCCCCGGCAUGCCCCAUGGCAGAGAUCCCCGGCCGCCCCGCUGGAGCAUGGCGCUCCCUUGUAGGGAGCUGGACCAGGGAAAACACAGUUUGCAUGUAACAUCACUAGACGAUGCAGAAUGUCUCCGAUCUAAGGAGCUGCUUUCGACUCCGAACAGUCACACUCCUAACUCCAAGUCCUCCCGCAACAUCCCUCGAAGACAUACAGUAGGUGGCCCUCGCAGUUCCAAAGAAAUACUGGGAAUGCAAACCUCGGAAAUGGACAGAAAGAGAGAGGCUUUCCUUGAGCAUCUGAAACAGAAAUAUCCCCAUCAUGCUACAGCAAUAAUGGGACACCAGGAGAGACUGAGAGAUCAGGUUUUGCAGUGCAUGUUGGUCUCCCUUCAUUCAGAACUUGACAUUCAAAGGUACUUGAUGAAAAUUGAAUCCUCUCAGAGAACAAGAAGCCCAAAGCCGUCGCAGAGCCCACAGCCCAAUUUGGGUGACCAGACAGAGCACCUAUCUGAAGCGUCUGCCGAUUCCUUAGAGGCCAUGUCUGAGGGUGAUUCUCCGACUCCCUUUUCGAGGGGCAGCCGCACGCGGGCGAGCCUUCCCGUCGUGCGGUCAGCAAACCAAACCAAGGAGAGAUCACUGGGUGUUUUGUAUCUUCAGUAUGGAGACGAAACAAAGCAGUUGAGGAUGCCAAAUGAAAUCACAAGCACAGACACAAUUCGUGCCCUUUUUGUAAGUGCCUUCCCCCAGCAGCUGACAAUGAAAAUGCUGGAAUCGCCCAGUGUGGCCAUUUACAUCAAGGAUGAGAGCAGAAACAUAUACUAUGAAUUGUGUGAUGUGAGGAAUAUUCAAGACCGGUCUUUCCUUAAAGUUUACAACAAAGAUCCUGCACAUGCAUUUAAUCACACUUCCAGAGCUGUAAAUGGAGAUAUAAGGAUGCAGAGGGAAAUUGCUUAUACGGGCCGAGACGGCCCGAGCGCUUCCCGCCCCGGAUCUGCCACACACCCUUCACAUGUGAUGCCCAGCUCGCCACCCUCCACCCCGGUGCCCCACUCCAUGCCUCCCUCUCCAUCCAGGAUCCCCUAUGGAGGGGGACGGCCCAUGGGUGUGCCAGGCAACGCCACCAUCCCCCGGGACCGGCUCUCCAGCGUGCCGGCAUCGCGCUCCAUAUCACCCAGCCCAAGCGCCAUUCUGGAGAGGCGGGACGUGAAGCCAGAUGAGGACAUGAGUAACAAAAACCUUGCCCUGAUCCGAAAUGAAGGUCUGUACGGGGACCCCUACUUGUUUCACGAGGGGAGGAUGAGUGUGGCCGCACCCCACACCGGACACCCCCUCGAUGUCCCCGAUCACAUUGUAGCCUACCAUCGCAGUGCCAUGAGGUCAUCAAGCACUUACUGUAACCCCUCUAUGCCGCCUGAAAUGCUGGAGCAGUCCUUGUACAGACAAAAGCCACGAAAGUACCCGGAGAGCCACUUGCCCACGCUCAGCUCUAAAACGCCUCCCGCGUCCCCCCACCGGGUGGCUGACAUGCGCAUGAUCGAUAUCCAUCCUCACCAUAGCGCCCACGUUCCCCCCCACGCCAUCCAGCCUGACAGGUCUUCCCCCAGCCGCCAGUCCUUCAAAAAGGAGCCGGGACCGCCUGUGUUUGUGGACACCAAAGUGCGGAGCGCCCUCGGCCUCCCAGGCAUGGCUGAGGUGGUGCCGUCUCCCGUCGACAAACAGGCUUUUGGCUAUGGGUCACCUGCGAUGCCCAAGGACAAGGAGACAAGAGAGAGGAUACAAGCCAUGGAGAAACAGAUUGCCAGUUUAACUGGUCUUGUUCAGUCUGCGCUUUUUAAAGGGCCAAAUACAAGUAAUAGCAAAGAUGCUUCUAGUGAGAAGAUGAUGUUGAAAAUUGUGUCCACCAAGAACAGCAUUGACGCUACAGGUGCUGCUAACUUAUCUGGGGGGAAGAACACAGUGGCAACAGUGGAGCCAGCCGUCAUCCAUCACCCUGCUGGAGCCUCAUCGAUGCAAGUAAGCCUGCAUGGUAUGAAACGCAACGUGUCAGAUCUGCGGCUGCAGCUGCAUCAGAUGAAGCAACUACAGCUGCAGAACCAGGAGAUGCUGAGGGCAAUGGUGAAGAAAGCAGAGCUGGAAAUCAAUGGCAAAAUGAUUGAAACAGUGAAGAGGCUUGAAGAUCCUGUGCAGCGACAGCGCAACCUGGUGGAACAAGAAAGGCAGAAAUACCUCAACGAGGAAGAGAGGAUUGUAAAGAAAUUAUGUGAGCUGGAGGGAUUUGUUGAGGACCUAAAGAGAGACUCCACUGCUUCCAACAAGACAGUGACACUGAAAGAUGUUGAAGAUGGAGCCUUUCUUUUAAGGCAAGUGGGAGAAGCUGUUGCCACCCUUAAAGGAGAGUUCCCGACGUUGCAGAAUAAAAUGCGUGCAAUCCUCCGCAUUGAGGUAGAAGCCGUGAGGUUCCUAAAGGAAGAGCCACACAAGCUAGACAGCUUAUUGAAACGUGUGCGCAGCAUGACGGAUAUCCUUACAAUGCUCAGGAGACAUGUUACAGAAGGACUGCUGAGGGGUGUGGAUCCCUCCCAAGCUGUGCAAUACUCCACUAUGGAAAAGGCCACUGCAACUGAAGCUCUGAAAAGCCAGGAGGAACCCAAGCAUACCCAGGGACACGCACAGCAAAACCUCACAGCAGUCACCUCAGAGUCCCAGGUAUCUUCAGUCAAGUCAGAAGUCGUCCCCUUCUCAACAAUGACGGUCCAUCACGUGCAGAGCUCUCCUGUUGUCAUCCAUCAGUCUCAGCACUCAUCAGCCCUGGUCAACCAUGCCCAGGGCUCACCUGCUGCACCCAGCCACAGUGAAGGUCUGCCAGUGAGCGGCCACUUCUCGGCCACCCCACCGGCCCCCCCCCAGGAACCAGCAGUAGGAUCCCAGCCCACACCAGGCAUGCCAUCACCACAGGUCUCUGUCAAUGGCAACACCAUGCAAAGUCUUUUCAUUGAGGAAAUUCACAGUGCAAGUACCAGAAACAGAGCUGUAUCGAUUGAGAAAGCAGAAAAGAAAUGGGAAGAGAAGAGGCAAAACCUGGAUCACUAUAAUGGAAAGGAAUUUGAAAAGCUCUUGGAAGAGGCCCAGGCCAACAUAAUGAAGUCAAUUCCCAACUUGGAAAUGCCUCCCCAGCCAGCAGUCCUCCCUAAAGGAGAUACAGUGGAAAAACCUGAAGUCUCAGAAGAUGUUCCUGACGCAGACCAGGAUAAUGAUAAGCUGACCAAGUCCCCGCCUCCUCCACCUCCACGCCGCAGUUACCUGCCGGGGUCAGGACUGACCACCACGAGAUCAGGAGAGGUCAUCUAUGCAGCCAGGAAAGAGGCUGCUGCUGUCAAGGAAUGCAGUGAAGAUGCUGGGCAAGUAGCACAAUCCAAAACCCCUAAAGAGGAUCAGACAUUGUCUCGGAACACAGGGCUUGCUGUAGCAUCUGCUGUAAAAGAUGAAGAGGAAGAAGAAGGAGAUAAAAUAAUGGCAGAAUUACAGGCUUUCCAGAAGUGCUCUUUUAUGGAUGUAAACUCAAACAGUCAUGCUGAGCAGUCCAGAAAUGAUACACAUGUUAAAGACAUAAGGCCCGGGACUUUAAUGCAUCACAAGGAAAAGAAGGUGUAUGGGGCUACAACAGGAUCUCCCACAGAUAGUGACCAUCCUAAAGAGAAGAGGGAAGGGAAAACUGACGAAGAAUUGGGUUCUGAUUCAUCCAGCACAGAUGACAGUAAAAUUGGCUUUUCAGUGAAUGACAGUCCUACCUUUAGCAAGGGUUUGUUUGUAGACAGUAGAGACUACUCUAAGAAAAACCUGCAGAGUACGAGCACAAACCUGUCUGGCGCCAGUUUGCCAGAGGAUGAAAAACGAAGAGGGGCUCAAGAUAUUUUAGGAUCCCAUUUUCCAGCUGUUGAACCGGGAAAACAAAACCUGGGCUACGGACUCUCACGAGACGCUUGCCAGGGCCUGCCGCAGGGCGAAGCCCCGCAGAGCACGGGCAGGCGCGUCCCCGUCAGCAGCGUUGCUCCUCUGCCGAGGCACCCACCGGAGGCUGCGGGACCCCCCCCUUCCUCGCAGGAGCAAGAAGCCCCCACAGCCAACAGUCAGGUCGUGCUGAGGCCCAGGGUGGCGAGGAGUAACAGCGUUGAAGAGAUGGACUCUCCGGCUAGCUCGCCGAGCGAGGACAGCCCUCCCCCCGAAAACAUCGCCUUCAUGAUCACCAAAACCGCCGUCCAGGUCCUCUCGAGCGGGGAGGUCCACGACAUCGUCAGCCGGAAGGGUGGCGAUGUGCAGACGGUCAACAUCGAUGCGAGGAAGGACGUGGUGUCGGAGAAGGGUGUCCCAGAGAGCACGGAAGGCGAGGAGCCCGUAGUCUGCCUGGACAAAAAGCCCGUCAUCAUCAUUUUUGACGAGCCGAUGGAUAUCAGGUCGGCCUAUAAGCGGCUCUCUACGAUUUUCGAGGAAUGCGAUGAGGAGCUGGAGAAAAUGAUGACCGAGGAGAAGAUAGAAGAGGAAGAGGAGGAGGAAGACAAUGAAGUGCGUGGCAUUUCUAAGAGCCAGAAGGAGGAGCUGCCGGUUCUCAACGACAGAAAAGCGAUCGCAGAGUAUUCGGCAGCUCACGGCCUCAGCGAGCAGUACGUGUUCAGCCUGCAGCCUUCCUCUGACACUGCAGACGCCAAGUCUCCUGCAGAGCAGGAGAGCACAAAGACCAAUUUCAGCAAAUACAGUCAGAUGUAUGGGCUGCACACCGAAGCAAACUCGGACUCUGCUGAUCAGUUUGGGAGCAGGCAGGAUUCCAAGAAAAAAUUUAAGUUCAAAUUCCCUAAAAAGCAGCUGGCUGCUCUGACGCAGGCGAUACGUACGGGAACCAAGACUGGGAAGAAGACCUUGCAGGUCGUGGUAUAUGAAGAGGAGGAGGAAGACGGGACCCUUAAGCAGCACAAGGAAGCCAAGAGGUUUGAAAUCACCAGGUCUCAGCCUGAGGACACCGACAGAAGUCCUCCUGGGAAGCAGGAGGCCCCCCCCGGCGCUGCAGUGCCCCUGUCUAGGACUGACGAAAUUCGGCAGAACACGUACCGAACUCUAGACAGCCUUGAGCAGACCAUAAAGCAGCUGGAAAACACCAUCAGUGAAAUGAGCCCCAAACCUAUCCCUGAAAGCACAUACAGCUCUGAGGGCAGCACUGUCCCCUUCUCUGCCCAGAUAGUACCAGAGACCCCGCCCCGAGAGCUUGUAGUGCUGGAUGAGAGCCCUGCUGCUGUAGAGCCCCCCGCGCCCAUCCCAGCCACUGCACGUAAGGGCCCCGGCGCCGCCCCGCAGACGAGCAGGAUGCCGGUCCCCAUGGCCUCGAAAAGUAGGCAAGGAAGCACGGAGAAAGCAGGCAAACAGCACAAGCUGCAGGACCCGCGCCAGUACAGACAGGCUAAUGGAAGUGCUAAGAAAGCUGGUGGGGACUAUAAGGCUACUUCCCCCACCCUCCCUGCUUCUAAGAUCCCCGCCUUUUCUCCCGCUUCUGGGAAAAACAGCUCUGCCCCUGCUCCUAGCGGUGACGGCCCUAACCCCCCCAACCCCCCCGCUAAAUCAUCCCUGCCCUCCGCCACCCUCCUCGCCCCCCAGGCAGGGCGCGUGUCGUACUCCACCUCCCUCAUCCCCUCUGUGGCUAACGGCUCCUCCAAGCUCCAGAGCCCGGCUCACGCAGGGAAAGGCCACCAGCUCUCCUUCUCGCUGCAGACCCAAAACGGCCGGCCGCCCCCGCCUUCCUCCUCCACCUCCCCUCCCUCCUCCACCUCCCCCAGCUCCCUGACCCAGGGCGUGAAGAGCAUCAGGACAAUCCACACGCCUAGCUUCACCAGCUACAAGGCGCAGAACGGCAGUGCCAGCAAGUCCACCCCGGCCAAGGAGCCAGCCUAAAGGCUACGCACCACGCACGUCCACCGAGGCUUUUUUGGGCAAAGAGCUGCAGCCAAUAUCUUAACCAGGGAGCGUAACCAGUUUUGUUUUAUUUUAUUUUAUUUUAUUGCUGUACUGCUGGAGGCUUAAUACUAAUCACGUGCUAAAUACUGAGUUACUACACUAGAGUAGCGUGGAGCUUUUUUUUGUAAACCUUUUGUUGCUGUUGUACCGAUAACGGAGCGUUUUCUUCCUAUAGGCAGCACCUCUGACAAAAAAAAAAAUCAAGUGUGAAGGUGUGUGAGUGAGCUCGAGUGCGUGUGCACAGCGGUGUACUGAGCAUGGGGAAGUGUAUGGUGAAAACUUUAGUAAGUUGUUUUGUAUAAAGCUAUUUUUCAUUAUGGGGACUAGACGUGAACAGAGAUAUACUAAAGUGUGAUUCUACACAACUGUAAAACAAACUAAAAUAUUUUUUUCUUUUAUUUUGGUGUUAUUUAGCUUUGUUACAGAUUUCUAUUUUUGUCAACAAAUGUCAUGGUUCCUUUCGAGAUCUUUUUGCCAAAACAUUUUGAUACUAUUGUAAUGUACAUUUGAAAGUAGUAUGCUGGACAGUAAACCUCUACACCAGAAACAGAACAAGACUGCUCCUAGUGUGUACGAGGCAACUCAACCUAUUGCACUGCCACUCAGAUUAUAUUUAAGAAUUUGCCAAGCCAAGAAAAAAAUAAAUUGUUUUACACAUAUAGAGGUAGUUGCUGAUUAGUUUGGUUUGGUUUGUGUUUUGUUUUGUUUUGUUUUGUUUUGUUUUGUUUGUUUUCCUUAGCUAACUCCACCCUUUUCCUUCAGUUUUAUUUUACUGAGACCUGGUAACCCAUUAAUGUAUUGCAUUGUGGAUUUUAAAAUGUACACUUCUGUACUGUUCUGUAUACUGGCAAACUUUUGUACAUAUCUAUAUAUAUAUAAAUAAAUAAAUACUGUAUGUGGCUGGGCACAUAGAGUAGUUUUACCACACCAAAGUUAAUUUUUAUGCAUGCUUUCAAAAUAUAUAUGGGGAAGGGGUGAGAAAGAUGGGUAUCAGUCAAAUAGAAGAAAAAAAAAAAAAAGCAACAAGCUUGCAUAGCUCAUGGUUUUGUAAAUAAAUUUAUUUGUAUAACACCAUAAUGUAAUAUACAGAACUAUGAUAAGCAAAGAUCUUUAAAAAAUAAAGGGCUGCAUGCUUAUA